AUGUAUUACUGUGAUUUGCACCUUGGCCGUAGCGAGUCGGCUCUGAACAGCCCAACGGAGCCUGACGUAUCGCUAGCGACAUCCCUUACCGACCCUCUUGAGGCGCACACCUUGGAUGAAGCCAGGAGGAGUAUCAGAGAUCUUCGGAUGAAGUAUCGUGCACAAGCACAUCAACUUCUAACAUGGCGCCGUGCGCAGCGAACCCAAGAGGAAUUAGUGACACGACUGCAGAAAGAAAAGGCUGAACAGCUAAAAUCCCUUUCCAGCCAACUCCUUCUCUUCGAGUCACGCCUGGUUCGCAAACAAAAAGAAAUAAACAGCAUGCUUGCUCUAAGAGAAACUAUCAUUAUGAAACAACAGAAAGUUAUUGAAUCUCUUCAAUCCAAAUUACUUGAUAAUGGAAUAGAGAUAACUCAGAAUAUACCAGAUUUCAGAGAUAUGCUUCAAGAUACUCAUAUUACAGGAGAUUUUGAUUCCCUUAAUGAUUCAGAUUCAGCUGUCAUCAUGGAGGAUGUAGAUUUCGAUAGCAGUAACACGCCUGUGCCAAGAUUUAGGUCCACUAACCCUGAUAGCGUCACUAUCGUCAGGUCGAUAUCAGAUGCUAUCGACCCGAAUCUGAAGUACAGCAUUAUUAGGCGGUCAAACGGGUUUCUGCGACGGCCAGAAAUCCUUGAGACUGUAUACAGCGUCGAAGAAGAAGUAGACGGAGAUUCAACUAAGGCUUUGAGUGCCCAAAGCAGUACAGAGAAGGAACUUAAAGAUGCUAAUAAAACUGAUGAGGAGAAGUACAAAGAAACAAGUCUCCUUGCCCAACGGCGAGACAAUUUUAGAAUGAGGAGUGUUGUACUCACAGCGGAAGUCAAGAGUAUAGAUAGCGAUAAAGAGCUCAAAUCUAAAAGUGGUAAGGAAGUGUGGUCCUAUAGUUAUGUGCCAAAACGAAUGACUCCCGCGAAUGAGUCUGAUGAUGAAGUCACUUCUAACCCAGACAGUGAGGAAGACCCUGAACCUCGAUCGACCCAGGUCGUCACCUACAACAGGGUAAUGUCCAACCAUAGAAAUGUGACCAAACCUAAGGAUGUUAAAUACAAAAGGAUAAACAAAGCGAAGUCAAAAAGUCUAGAAGAGUUAAGGGGAAGACUAAAGAACUGGGUGGAAAAGGGCAAUAAGUUCUCGAAUAUUCCACUAGAACAUGCGCAAAGUUACGCCUAA